GGAGAAAGACCCUAGUUCCGACCUAGCAGUUUCAUGUUGAAUGCAUGUUUAAAACUGUGGGGUGACAUUUUAUAAGUUGGUUAUUUGUAAAAGUUGCAUUUUUGUGGAUUGGUAGCAUUGAAGGGGGCAGUUGGUAGCAGUUUUCUUGUCACGGGCUUACCAGGGCUUACGGAAAUCGGGGGACGGGAAACGGGAAGAUCACCUGGAGCACCAGGAGCACGUUGAUACUUUUACUCUCGUUUAUGUGGUUACAAAUUUAAUCAUCAUGAUUGACGUUCCAGUUUUUAUGGAUAUUUCUCCUGAUGCGCAGGCACAAGAACUGAGGUCCUAUUUAAAAUCUUUGGGUGCAGAAAUUUCACAAGAAAAGUCGCCAAAAGGUAUCGAAGACGACUUGCAUAAAAUUAUUGGCGUAUGUGAUGCUUGCUUCAAGGAGGGCGAUGAAAUUGUUAUUGAACGUGUUCUCAACAGUAUUGUAUCCAUUCUUGUUUUGAUACCAGUAGAAAGAGCUGAGAAUCCCAUCCUUGCUUUUUGUGAAAAGCUAACAAAAGCACCCAGAUAUGAACUUGGAAUGGUAGCCCUAAGAGUAGGUUGGCUGUUAUUCCAGUCUGUGGAUGAACAUUCACCUAUGAGAUAUCAUGUGUACUACCAUCUUCUUCAACUUGCCAAACAAGUGGAUUUUGUGCGAUUUGUUUAUAAAGACAUGGAACAUUUGCGAGCACAAUUUCAGGCCUGCCCCCCAUCGAAUGAGCAAAUGCAAAAGUUGUUGCGACUUCUUCAUGAAGUCUUGUUAGAGUGCAAGCAAGGAGAACAGGCUGCCAAAGUAAUGGUUGAGCUUUUGGGCACGUACACUGCAGAAAAUGCUUCUCAAGCUAGAGAUGAUGCCCAGCGUUGUAUUCUUGCUGCUUUGGCAGAUCCUAAUACUUUUCUCUUGGAUCCUCUUUUGGCAUUGAAACCAGUGCGUUUCCUUGAGGGGCAGCUGAUUCAUGACCUCUUAUCAAUUUUUGUGUCAGAAAAAUUGCAAAGCUAUCUCACCUUCUAUCAAAAUCAUAAAGAUUUUGUGCUUAAUUCUUUAGGUCUCAAUCACGAACAAAACAUGAAGAAAAUGAGGCUUCUGACUUUCAUGCAGCUUGCUGAGGGUGCUUCGGAAAUGAGCUUUGAUACUAUUCAAUCUGAGCUACAGCUUCCUGCUGAAGAAGUGGAGUCAUUCAUCAUUGAUGAAGAUUUGUAUCAGAACUCUCAAGUAGAUGUUGGUAAACAAUACGGAAGCUCUUCCCCUACUUCUUCAAGCAGGAGCCGCCCGUCUUGCGGGGAGCGAGGGGCACGGCAGAAGAGCUCACCUGUGGUCCCACAUCCACGUGGGCCGGAUCUUGAGGCAGUCCGCGUGCAGGCGGCGGCCGGCGCGGUAGGCGCCCGCCCAGAAGCCCAGGCAGUGGUCGCCGGGCGCCGGGGUGGGGCGGCCGCCGCGCUCCCAGCCGCCCGGCAGCGCCGGCCGACCCGCGCUCACGUUGGUGCGCGCGAAGCCGUCGGGGUGCUCGCCCGGCCACGCGCGCGCCAGCACGCCCGCCGCCCCGCGCCCUGCGCGCAACGCGGCCACGCCGCCUGCUUUUAUUUGAUUCUGGCCUUCUGGCGUGUAAGA